AGUGGCAGUUUCUGUUUCCACCGGAAGUGCCUCUACGAGCUAGCGCUGCCACGAUUUGAGCUUGCCCUUACUGGAGGUGUUGUCGGGGGUUGAAAUGGCGUCUUCAAGCUCGUACAAACUCCGGUGCUCCAUACCGGGACACGAAAUGGACGUCAGGGGACUCGCAGCUGCUGUUUUCCCGGAGGGAGCUUUCGUAUCCGUGUCCAGAGACCGAACCGGAAGAGUCUGGGUACCGAGCCCAGACAAAGGCUUCACAGAGACGCACUGCGUGUCUGGCCACUCAAACUUUGUAUCCUGCGUGUGUAUGAUCGCACCCAGUGAAACAUAUCCCCGAGGACUCAUCGCCACAGGUGGGAAUGAUAACAACAUAUGCGUCUUCUCACUGGACCGACCGGAGCCCCUGUUCACUCUCAAGGGUCACAAAAACACAGUCUGCACUCUGUCAUCCGGGAAGUUUGGGACACUGCUGAGCGGCUCCUGGGACACCACGUCCAAAGUCUGGCUCAAUGAGAAGUGCAUGAUGACCCUGCAGGGCCACACUGCAGCAGUUUGGGCAGUGAUCAUAUUACCUGAACAAGGCCUCAUGUUGUCUGGAUCAGCAGAUAAGACCAUAAAGCUUUGGAAGGCUGGUCGGUGUGAGAAAACAUAUACAGGUCAUGAGGACUGUGUCAGGGGACUCGCAGUGAUCAGCAACACUGAGUUCUUCUCCUGCAGCAAUGACGCUAGUAUCAGAAGGUGGCUGGUGACAGGCGAAUGUGUACAGGUCUAUUACAGCCACACCAACUACAUCUACAGCUUAGCUGUCUUCCCCAAUUGCCAAGAUUUUGUAAGCACAGGAGAGGACAGGUCGUUGAGGAUAUGGAGGGAGGGAGAGUGCUCCCAGACCAUCCGCCUGCCUGCCCAGUCUGUUUGGUGCUGCUGUAUCCUUCCUAAUGGAGAUAUAGCUGUUGGAGCCAGUGAUGGAAUUAUCCGUGUUUUUACGGAAGCUCAGGACCGCAUUGCCAGUGCAGAGGACAUACAGGCCUUUGAGGAUGAGCUCUCCAAAGCCACCAUUGACCCAAAGACAGGCGACUUUGGAGACAUCAAAGUGGAGGAUCUUCCUGGAAGGGAACACCUUAAUGAGCCUGGAAAUCGUGACGGACAGACACGGCUCAUUAAAGAGGAUGAGAAGGUGGAGGCAUAUCAGUGGAGUGUCAGCGACGCCCGCUGGGUAAAAAUUGGGGACGUGGUCGGAGGCUCAAACCAACAGACUUCCAAGAGUGUGAUGUACGAAGGAAAGGAGUACGACUACGUCUUCACCAUCGAUGUGAACGAGGGAGGGCCAUCCAUGAAGCUGCCUUACAACUUGUCAGAGGACCCCUGGCUGACAGCGCACAACUUCUUACAGAAGAAUGACCUGAGCGCCAUGUUCCUUGACCAGGUUGCCAAUUUUAUCAUCGAGAACACUAAAGGUCACGUGGUGGGACCAGCUCAGCCUGCUGGUGGUGAUCCAUUCACUGGAGGAGCUCGGUAUAUUCCUGGGGCUUCUGAUAACAGGCCAGGCUUUGGAGCUGACCCCUUCACAGGCUCUGGUCGCUACAUCCCGGGGUCUGGUGACAACCCAACUGCUCCUGUAGGCGGGACAGAUCCUUUCACAGGUGGAGAUGCCUACUCCUCAGCAGCCCUCAGGCAGAUCGGAACCAACAUCUAUUUCCCAAAGACUGAUGGUGUGACUUUUGAGCAAGCCAAUGUCAUACAGAUCAUUGCCAAGCUGAAGGAGCUGAAUGAACAUGCCCCUCAGGAGCACAAGCUGUCUGAAGAGAUUCUGGAAAGCCUUGACCGGCUUCUGGUGUCAGUCUGUGCACCCAACUCCUCUGAAGAUCCUCCAAACCUGCAGCAGAUCAACCUCCUCUGGAAGGCUUGUCACUGGCCUGAAGACAUAGUGUUUCCUGUCCUGGACAUUAUGAGGCUGGCGGUGCGCCACCCGCAGGUUAACGAGAGCCUCUGUGGCGAGGCAGAGGGAGUCCAGCUGUGCAACCAUCUGCUGAGCCUCAUGAGGCCUGAGGGACGUCCUGCCAACCAGAUGCUGGCGCUGCGGACUCUGUGUAACUGCUUCAGUGGCAGGCACGGCCGAGCCCUCCUCAUGGCCCAGCGUGAGACUGUGCUAGCACGUGCCGCUGACCUGGCCACCGUCAGCAAUAAGAACAUCCACGUUGCCCUGGCCACUCUGGUGCUUAACUAUGCCGGCUGCCUGCACAGCCAACCCGAUCUUGAGGCCAAGGCCCAGUGCCUGUCUGUGGCCAGCAGAGCUCUGGAGACGGUGCAAGACAAGGAGGCUGUGUUUCGACUGCUGGUGGCCUUGGGAACCACAGUGGCAUCAGACCAAACAGCCAAGGACCUGGCUCGCUCUUUGGGGGUCAAUUCUCAGAUAUCCAAGUACUCAUCAGUGUCUGAUCCAUCUAAGGUGGCCGAGUGUUGCCAGUUGGUUUUAAAAGAAAUACAAUGAUAUAAAUGAUUAGAAAACAAAAAAGAGCACGUCUUUCUUACUGUUGCUCUGUUCUGCUUGAUCAGUUGUGGUGGAGACUUAAAUAAAUGUAUGUUCUGUAAUAUAAAAAGGACAAAUGAAGUCACUGCA